CUUUUUCCUUUUAUGAUUUGAAAAAGAGAAAACGCAGAGUAAGCUGGGACAGGGAAGCGCCACCAUCUGCCCCCACGUGGACACUUCCGAGGGGAAAAGAAGUUGCAGGAGAACUUGGUGCAUCUGGCCUUGAGGCCUCGACUGGGGCUGGACUCUAAGGCCCGGGGUCAUGACUCUGACUUUGGGCAGGUGGAGGGUGUUACUUGUUCUGGGCUGGACUUGAGCCCCCCCGUUCUUGGCCGCCCCCCUCAAACACACACACACACACACACACACACACACACACACACACACACACACACUACCCGGUGCCUGGCCUAGGCCUCCACACCCCUCAGCAACAUGGACAAGUACCAGGACCUGGGCCUGGAGGCCAGUAAAUUCAUCGAGGACCUGAACAUGUAUGAGGCUUCCAAGGAUGGACUCUUCCGAGUGGACAAGGGUGCAGGCAACAACCCGGAGUUUGAGGAGACACGCCGGGUGUUUGCCACCAAGAUGGCCAAGAUCCACCUUCAGCAGCAGCAGCAGCAGCUCCUGCAGGAGGAGACCCUGCCCCGGGCUGGCCGAGGGCCUGCCAACGGCGGGGGCCCCCUGGGCCCGCAGGCCCAUCGGGAAGCUGGUGCGGGCAGUAGGCUGACCAUGGACGGCGCUGCCAAGCCCCCUCUGGCUGCCUCGACAGUAGCUCCUGGGACAGCCACUGCCGUCGCUGCUGGGCAGCCCUUGUACCCAGCCCAGGAGCAGAAGGCCAGGCCGUAUGGCCACACCAGGCCUGGCAGCCAGGACUGUGGUUCCAAGGAGAGCCCGGCCAGUUCCGAGAUGUCCGCCGUCCACGGGCUGAGCCCCUGUGAGGACCCUUCCUGCCUCACCCAUGGAGACUAUUAUGACAACCUCUCCUUGGCAAGCCCGAAGUGGGGUGAAGAACCAGGAGUGCCUCCCGGCAUCAGGCUGGGUGUAGGGACUGGGUGGCCUGGCGCCCCAGGCGGUGACCCAUCACCACCCACACGCGCCAGGGACCCUUACCUGUACCAGCCGCAGCUCUCCCCAAGCUCCAGCCGGUCGUUUGAGAGCGGCCAGGAUGGUGGUGGUGGCCGCAGCAGCGAGAAGCCAGCGGGUCUUUGGACCACUGCCUCCUCCCAGUGGGCACGCCCUGGCCUUCCCUCCCCAGGCCUGGAGAACGGGGCCCUCCUGGGGCCCACUCAGCCCAGAACCCCUUUUUCAGGGAGCUGCCCCAGUCAAGGAGCUCUUCCAAGAACAAACUCGGGGGCACGGAGUGAGGUUUCAGGCACGAUGCCCAAACCAAAUGCGCACCCUCAGUCCUGGUUCCAGGAUGGGCCCAAAUCCUACCUUUCUAGUUCUGGGCCAUCAUCUUUGCCAGCCAACAUGGACAGUUUGCAGCUGGAUGCCGCCCCUGGGCUGGGUCCCAAGCCUGGCUGCACAGACCCUGGCACUGGUCCCAAGCUCAGCCCCGUCAGCCGUGUCCCUCCAGUGAUGUCCACCCCACUUGAGUUAUCUUGUAAAGAAGGUCCCCCUGGCUGGUCUUCUGAGGGUGGCCUGGGGUCUGUGCUCCCAGAGAGCCCCAGCCCCCACAGAGUGAGGCUGCCCUGCCAGACCCUCACCCCGGGUCUCGAGCUUGGGCCCUCGACUGCCGAGCUGAAAUUAGAAGCCCUCACCCAGCGUCUGGAGCAGGAGAUGGAUGCUCAUCCGAAGGCCGAUUACUUUGGUGAGUGAGAGGCCAAUGGAGUUGCCCGCAGUGGGUGAUGGGGUUGCCACCAGGGAUGCUGUAGCUCUCGAGUGGCCUGUCCUUUUUUUUUUUUUUUUUUUUUUUUUUUUUUUCAGCUACUUCUUCUGAUUCAGAAACUUGAAAGCAUCCCUGGCAGAAAGCGGAUCUUGCAGCUGGGGGUUACCCAUGUGUGAAGGGCGAAGCCGGGUGGGAUCGCUUGUGACUGCUUUCAAAAAAGGGAAAUGCUGUGA